AUGAGGAACUUCUACAACAUCCAGCUCGCACUGUAUGCAGUGAUAGUCGCGUCGAUACUCGUCUGGCUACUUGUCGCUCUUCUCGACAGCACCGCCCUCGCCAUCGGAGGCUACUACGAUACUUGCGAUCACACGAUUCAACCAGACACAGCUGAAGAAGCUAGAUACUAUCAAAAAAUCAAAGAAAUCCUCGAAUCAACCGAAACCAUCAUAAUGCCACCACCACUAGCCGACGACGAUAAUAACGACAACAACAACAACAAUGGAGAUCGAUCGAACCUGAUCAUCUCCGAUAUCCUCCCCAAAACGCCCCGAAUCAACAUCUUCUCCUCGCUGACUCGCGACUUUAACCCGAUUUCUAGUCGGUUGGAUGACAAAUCUCAAAAUACUACUGUGCUGGCGCCGCUGAACUCGGCUAUCCAUAAUUUGCCGCGCAAGCCGUGGGAGGAUCCAGAGGAUUAUGCGCGGUAUGGCGAGGUGAAUGCAUACAAGGGUGAUGACGGCCAGGAGCGUGCGAAGCGGAAUCUGCUGCGCUUUGUGGAAGCUCACCUGGUUCCUGCGAGUCCCUGGGUCGAGGGUGAGGAAGUGAAAACUGUGGGAGGAGGGAAAGUGAAGUGGAUCAAAGAGGGGGACAAGAUAUUUAUUGAACCUGGCCACAUUGAAGUCGAUACUCUAGCGUCGCAAGUUUCCAAUGGCGAGGUUUGGGUUCUAAAGGAUGUCAUCAACUACAAAUAG